CAGUAUACUUCGCUCAUUCUCUCUGCCAUUCUUGUCUUCAAACAAGAGACACCGUCUAACUUCGGUAGCUGAAGAGCAAGAAAAACCCCUGUAGCACGUAGAAAGUAGACCCAGAAUCAACGUAACAGAACGCACCAAAAUGGGUAUCUUGUCGUUUGUCGAUAUUGACACGGUAUCCAAAGUCACAACCUCCGUCCAAAUUCACGAGAACCAACGAUAUUGGAUCGGUCGAGGAUGGAAUCGAUCGCUCAUGCCCACCGAUCGAGGAUGCUAUUCAACGUUGGACGGCUCGCAAUCCUGGAAGACGUUGGAAGAAGCUGCCGAAGCACUGCUGGGGGGAAGUACGUGGAAAUGGAAGCAGGACGAGUGUCCCUUUCACGAAGGAGACUGGAAAUACGCUAGGGACUUUUCUGUUCAGGCCGUCAACGAUGCCAAGCCGAAACGGGGACCACUGCACUGGGUCCGUUAUCGUGUCUUGCAACGGCCGGCCGUGUUUGUCCCGGAGUCGAUUUCGACGGAGAGUGUACAUGACAAGCACGAAGUGGAAGGGGAACCAAUUGAGCAGGGAUGUCGAAACUGCGAUUCCAAAGCAGUUCGAGAUUUGGCGCGAGUGUUGUUGGAAGUCUUGGCCUUUGUCGCCAUUAUCUCGACCCCCAAGGCAUCUGCAACCACCGGCUCCGAUGCUGAUGCAGUUUCGUCCAACGUUCUAGCGACCGUCAAAGAUACGACGUUGCUGCGGAUUAAAUCCGAGUUGGUGGAGUUUUUGCUCAAAAACAGUAUACCCAGUGCUGCUUCUACUGGUGACGGGGACACCAACGAGCAAGAUUCCUUCUACCAGCUCCACAAACUCCAUCAAUCACUGCAAAAGUUUGCCGACGAUCAAGUUGCAAAAUACAAAUCGUCCAAUAUACUUCGAGCCGUCCUGGUAUCGACUCCCAAAUUUGAAACGCGUGACACAACCAUUCCUCUGUUGAAGCCCUUUUCUCAAUCCAUCUCGGAAAGAUGCUUCACUGCAAAUGAACGCACCGCCAUGGCGUUUUGUACCGUGAAACGCCUCGAUCGGCCGCACUUUCAAUUGCAGUGUCACAGUCUGUUGGCUUGCAAGGACGACAAAUGCGAGUUUCGAUGGGUUGCUUGCUCCAACGAAGGAUGUAAGGAAAUCAUGUCUCGGUUGUACUUGGAUUCCCAUGUCGAGACGGAGUGUCCUUAUAAACGGAUUACCUGCGAGUGCGGCGAUGAGUUUGCCAAGUAUCAACAACUGCGUCAUUUGCAAGAAGUCUGUCCCUUGCGGGAAGCAUCUUGUCCCUUUCAGCAGUUGGGCUGCACGAAAGUUCUCAGAGCCAAGGACAUUCCCGAACAUGUGCAAAAAGAUACCAGUUCCCAUCUCCUGUUGGCAUUGUCGCGCAUGAAGGAGCACGAAAAUCAAAUUCGUCAACUGCAACAGUCUCAAAAGGCUCUGGAAGGUCAAACCAUUCAUAAUCAAAACCAACACAAGGAGUUGUUGCUGCAGUUGCAGAAAAUCCAAAAACAAAUGAGUGCCCUGCAAAGCACCACAGGCCGUGAUAUCCAACGUCUAAAGGAUGAAACAGGACGGUCUCAUGUCAAGUAGAUGGCUCAAUAAAGAGUCAAAAGUUACUGUAACCAUGGAUUUUAUUCUC